AUGCGAGCCCACAUGCCCGGGGCGGGUGGCACAGCUCUCCAGGAGGCAGGGACCUGCUCACAACCCAGACCAGACUGGAGCAACCUCGGAGCUCCCUCCCAGGUUUUGGGCUGCAGCAUCUUCCCCUCCAGGAUGGCCUCAGCAGCCAGAGGAGCUGGUGCUGCCCCGCGGCAGGAUGGGGGGGAUGUCACCUGCCCGCUGCUCUUCAUCCAGCUCAACCAGCUCCUCAGCACCCCAGAGGGACUGGAGUGGAGGGAGAUGGCCAGGUGGAUAAAGUUCGAGGAGAAGGUGGAGGACGGGGGGGAACGCUGGAGCGCACCCCACGUCCCAGCCCUCCCCCUGCACAGCCUCUUCCAGCUGAGGACAUGCCUGCAAAAGGGGACGGUGCUCCUGGAUCUGGAUGCUGCCAGUUUCAAGGAAAUAAUCGACAAGGUGCUUUCUGGGCAUCCUGAGGAAGCAGAGCUGCAGCCUGCAUUGAGGGAACACUUGACAGCCCUCCUGCUCCUCCAGCCACGGCACCAGCCCACGAAAUCCCUGCUGCAGCUCCUCGCCGAGCUCACCCUCUCUCCCUGCCGAGGGAAGGCCAAAGGCAAGUCUGAGCCCAGAGCCCAGCUCUCCAAAACGCCUCUUAAGGAGCAGCUGAGAAACCACUUUAGGAAGAAGGUCCCACCGGGAGCUGAAGCUGCUCACGUUGCUGUGGGUGAAGUAGAAUUCCUGGAGAAGCCCGUCACUGCCUUCAUUCGCCUCAGGCACGGGGUGUCCCUUGGCUCACUGGCUGAAGUUGCUCUCCCCAGCAGGUUCCUCUUCAUCCUGCUGGGUCCCCCCAAAGUGAAAGCCUACCACGAGGUUGGCAGGGCCAUGGCCAUGCUGCUGAUGGAUGAGCUCUUCCAAAGGGUUGCCUGGCAGGCUGAGCACCGAGAGGACCUCGUCACAGGGAUGGAGGCGUUCCUGGAUGAGCUGAUUGUGCUUCCUCCUGGGAAAUGGGACCCCAGUGCCCGAAUUCCUCCGCCGAGCUCUCUGUCAUCUCCGUGCAGGAGGACCACUGUGGACCCACCAGACCAGCAGCCCCAUGGCAACGGGGACAUGGCAGCAGCUGGGGACAGAGCCAGCCCAGGGCACCCACGCUCUGGGGAGGAGCUGGAGAGGACAGGCAGGCUUUUCGGGGGGCUGCUGCGAGACAUCCGCAGGAAGGCACCGUGGUACUGCAGUGACUUCUCCGACGCCCUGCACCCCCAGUGCCUCUCGGCAGUGCUCUACAUCUACCUGGCCACAGUCACCAACGCCAUCACCUUCGGGGGCAUGCUGGGGGACGCCACUGCCAACAUGCAGGGGGUGCUGGAGAGCUUCCUGGGCACGGCCUUUGCUGGCUUCAUCUUCUGCCUCUUUUCGGGCCAACCCCUGACCAUCCUGAGCAGCACCGGCCCCGUGCUGGUCUUCGAGCGCCUCCUCUUCUCCUUCAGCCAGGACCACAGCCUGGACUACCUGGAGUUCCGCCUCUGGAUUGGGCUCUGGGUGGCCUUUUUCGGCGUGGUGCUGGUGGCCACUGAGGCCAGUCACCUGGUGAGGCACUUCACCCGCUUCACCGAGGAAGGCUUCUGUGCACUCAUCAGCCUGAUAUUCAUCUACGACUCCCUGAAGAAGAUGCUGAGCCUGGCAGACGCCUUCCCCAUCAACUGGCAGUACCGGCUGGACAACGUCACCUCCUACAGCUGCACCUGCAACUUGUCCAGCCCCGGUCACAGCUCUGCAGGGAAUGACACACUGCUGCCCUCGCCCCUGCUCCCCCCACAGCCUCCCGCCACCCCAGAGGGGCUGAGCAGGACCCAGUGCCUGGACCGAGGUGGGCACCUCCUGGGCACCAGCUGUCAGUACGUGCCCGAUGUCACCCUCAUCUCCUUCCUGCUCUUUGGGGGCACCUUCCUCUCCUGCGCCGCCCUCAAGCGCUUCAGGAGCAGCCGCUACUUCCCUGCUGGCGUGAGCAUCCUUCUGCCACCCCUGUGGAAUGGCCACCCAUCCCAUCGGUGUGGGGAUGGCUCCAGGGGAAGCUGCUGGAGCAGCCCCCACCCCAGGCACCCCAGGAACCCUUUCCAUCUCCACGUGCAGGUGCGGAAGCUGGUGAGCGACUUCGCCAUCAUCCUGGCCAUCCUCGCCUCCUGCACCGUCGAUGCUGCCCUGGGCCUGGAGACCCCCAAGCUCCUUGUUCCCAGCGAGCUGAAGCCCACAAACCCAGCGCGGGGCUGGAUCAUCGUCCCCUUUGGAGCCAACCCGUGGUGGGUGUGCCUGGUGUCUGCAGUGCCUGCCGUCCUCGUCACCAUCCUCAUUUUCAUGGACCAGCAGAUCACAGCCGUCAUCCUGAACCGCAGGGAGUACAAGCUGCAGAAAGGAGCAGGCUUCCAUCUGGACCUCCUCUGUGUCUCCCUGCUGAUGGUUGUCACCUCUGUCACCGGCCUCCCCUGGUACGUCUCAGCCACCGUCAUCUCCCUGGCGCACAUGGAGAGCCUGAGGAAGGAGAGUGAAACCUCAGCCCCUGGCGAGCACCCCGAGUUCCUGGGCAUCAGGGAGCAGAGGCUGACAGGCCUGGCCGUCUUCGUCCUGAUGGGAGUCUCCGUCUUCAUGGCCCCCGUGCUCAAGCACAUCCCGAUGCCGGUGCUGUACGGGGUGUUCCUGCACAUGGGGGUGGCGGCCCUGAACAGCAUCCAGCUCCUGGACCGUGUGCGGCUGCUCCUGAUCCCGGCCAAGCACCAGCCAGACCUCCCCUACCUCCGCCACGUCCCCCUGCGCCGGGUGCACCUCUUCACCGUCAUCCAGCUGCUCUGCCUGGCCCUGCUCUGGGUCCUCAAGUCCACCACGGCCGCGAUUAUUUUCCCGGUGAUGCUGCUGGCGCUGGUGGGGAUCCGGAGGGGGCUGGAGCGCGUCUUCCCCCCGCACGACCUGGCCUGGCUGGACGGGCCCCCGCCCGGGCCGGGGGCGCUCGAGCCGAUGAACCACCCGGGACCGCAGAUCAACCUCUCCGUGAACUAG